AACUAGUGUAGUUAUGAAUGCACUCCCGCCUUUUUUGGUUGCUGUGUCACUGCAAAAAGAAGAUAAGUCACUUUACGGUUGGGUGACUCCUUAUUUACUGACAGCAGAGUCAGUAGCAAUCGCACUCGUUCACUGUGAAAAGGUGUAAAAGAAAGAAGCAUUAGUGAUGGUUCUGAAGGUGUUCUUCCCUCAAUGCUGCAACCUCGCAGCCAGCGGCCUGCUGGUGGGACGAUGGAUCCCCCAUCACAACUCGGCCGUGGUGCUGGCCGUCAUCCACUACCCGUUCAUACCCAGCCACGUCAAACGCUACAUACAACAGAUGGCGGCUCAGAGCCACGUGGAUCUGUCCGUGUUGGGCUCAUGGAGUCUGCCCCAGGAUGGCGAGGAGGGCAUGGACAGCUUUCUGAGGGACCUGAGCACCAUGUUCCCCAGGCAGCGCUGGCUGCAGAUCAGCCGCCGCCUGGGCCAGAAAGGCUUCACCUGCCGCCUGCUCGGAUGCACUCGGCCACCAAAGGAGGUGACGAACAGUGAGGAAGAGAAGGUGGAUGAAGAGGAGAAGGUGAUCUUUGUCCACUACGAGCAGAGGAAGGUGAUGUUGUCGCAGCUUCAUCCCGUCCAGAACGGCGUCCCACAGUCCCGAGAUGAUACGCUGUCCGAGUUGAGACAGGUGUUUCACACGGUGUCGAGCAGCGGUCCCUUGUUCUUCCUGGACAAGUACGACGACGGUCCUUUGAAGUCCACCCACUGGCAGUCCGAUGGUCGUGAAGGCAGCAUCGUCGUCGAGAUCCUGAAACAGGCCUCUGUGCCUGUCUGCAUGGUCCUCAGCCGGAUCCUGGCCGUGUGGACCUGGAUCUGCAGCAUGCAGGUCUUUGGUGUUUUCCCACUGCCCUUCCUCUGGUCCAAGUUGUCAUCCUGUGUGCAGCUGAGCUACAGGAGCCAACACCUCAAGACACUUAGCUCGCAAAAAACUGCCGACAAUCACACGCAAUUCUUCAGAAAGGCCAACGUGUUUGUGUCGUUCCUGGUGGACAUCGGUCUGGGUCUGUUGCUGGCCUCCUGGCUCUACACAGACAACAAUAUUAGCACGAUUGCUAACAUGCUAGUGCCUGCUGCUGAUCAUGUUGCUAAGGAGCUGGUGGAGCUGCUCCAGUGGCUAAUGGGCGCCCCAGCUGGGCUGAAGAUGAACCGGGCCCUGGACCAGGUGCUGGGCCGCUUCUUCCUCUAUCACAUCCACCUGUGGAUCAAUUACGUGCACCUGCUCUCUCCAUUCAUGGAGUCCAUCCUGUGGUACGGCGGCCUGUCGGCAUGCCUCGGUUUGACCUUUGCGCUGUCUUUGCUGUCCGACAUGGUGGCGCUGCUCACCUUCCACAUCUACUGCUUCUACGUCUACGGAGCCAGACUGUAUUGCCUGAAGAUCUACGGCCUCUCUUCGCUGUGGAGGCUCUUUAGGGGCAAGAAGUGGAACGUCCUGAGGCAAAGAGUCGACUCCUGCUCCUAUGACCUGGACCAGCUCUUCAUUGGUACGCUGCUGUUUACCAUCCUGCUCUUCCUGCUGCCCACCACAGCACUCUACUACUUGGUCUUCACACUGUUGCGUCUUGUGAUCGUGCUGUUCCAGGGCAUCAUCCACCUCAGUGUAGAUUUCAUCAACUCCUUUCCGCUCUUUGCCAUCGGCCUUCGCGUGUGUCGUCCGUACAGACUCGCAGAGGGUGUGAGGUUCAGGGUGCUCAGUGAAGAGCCGGGAUCUGCUCUUCACUUGCUCAUGGAGAUUAACCCGCUGAAGAGCAGUGCGGUGGUUCACACGUACCGCACGCCCACCUACAGCUGCUACCCCAAAGACUCGUGGGGCGCCCUGGUCAAGAAGCUCUUUGUCGGAGAGCUCAUCUACCCAUGGACGUACAAGAGCGCCAAGGGCCACGCCGCCAAGGCCGAGUGACUGACUGAGCAGGAGGAAGGAAGGAAGAACAUGAAAUGAAUAAGUCAUGGAAUGGAAACAGACGGACGGCGGCGAGAGAGAGAGAGGACAUGGAAAACAAAAGUGGUAGCCGUACCAAGAUGCUGCCCACUCACUACAGCGACCAGUUAGCAGUUAACCAGUUAGCAGUUAAUGACUUGGAAAGGGACCAAUCGCGUGACCAGCGACACUCGCUUCUAAUGAAAUAUGAAGCAUAAAUACUCCGCACUGAUGCUGAAAUAUUUUCUGCGUUAAAGAUGUAUGCCGCCUUUUGAAAAGAAGUUAACCCUUUUCGGAUGUAAUUUAUUCACCUUUUAAGUUUGAUAUUUUUGUUAAUGCUGCAAUUGUUGCAGGUAAUUUAAUGUAUGACUACUGUUUAUACUAAACUGCAAUAAUACUAGAAAAAAAAUCACAUGAAUAUUAUAAAGAACUAAAUUGCUGAUGCACUUAACUCCCCAAAAAUAAUUUGCUGUCUAUUUUAAAGGUUGUUAAAAAUAGCUAAUAUUAGCCACCAUGAGGUCAAUCUCUAAUAAUAUUGUGAGUGAAUUAUCUGACUUUUCUAUAGUUUUAUUCUUGUAAAUCAAUGUCUUAGUGUUAGUUUAGAGCAAAUGAAACAAACUGGACAAGCUGUGAUUUUCUUUGAUAUAAUAAUUUAAAUCAUGUGUUAGGUUGUAUUCUUGUCAUGUGCCUCUAAUAAUGUUAUUUUUAGUGCAAUUAGUCUUAUUGGUGGCUGACUUGUACUCAUUAUUACAGAUUUUUCUUUGAUGUGCUUAUCUUGAGCCUUUGCCAUUAAACACGUCAUCCAAAUAUGA